AUGUGGGUGUCAGUCGCGGGCGUAGUCUCACAGCCAGACAUUGUCGUCAAUCCGGUUGCCACAUGCACCGACGAGCAGUUCACAUGGUGCCCGACUGAACGUGACGUUGGUAGCGCAGACGUUGACACUGUGGCGCCCCAUACAUACCAUUCCCACUCUCCAGCUGACCGAGCUUCUUGCCACCGGCAAUUGUGGCUGCGACAACCAGCGGUCAUGUGUUAG